GUGGCUCCUUUUGGUUCCUCUUUUGGUUGGGCGGGGGGGAUUGGGAGCGGGGGAGCAGAGUAGCGCUGGGAUUUAUGUCUUCUGGGUUCUCUGAAUCCUUCUCUUUCGCUCUCUUCUCUUCCUCUUCUCGUCCCCGCUCGCAAAGAGGAUCCGUUUCAACGUCUAUGCCCUUCCAUUCCUCACGGGCUGGUUACAGAUUAAAAUCCUUCGGAUUUCUUCAUUUUAUAGAUAUCAUUUUGAAACCCUAGAAAAGAAAAACCUUUUUUUUUUUUGAGGAAAAAAAGGGAGAGAAAAACAAAAUGCCAGGUCCGCAGCGGCAGCUGGUGAAUCAGAAUCGGAUGCGGAGGAAGUGGGGAAAAAGUCCGGAUCCGAAACUGAGAGCCCGACCCGAAUCCGAACGGCAACUCCGAAAGCUCAGCGUCGUCUUCUCCGACCCCGACGCUACGGAUUCAUCCAGCGACGAGGAUGAACCCGAAUACGAAACCCGGAAGAAAGCCAAGCGUGUUUUGCGUGAAAUCCCCAUCUUGCCCUCCCUCGCGAUUGGCCCCAUCUCCUUUAAACCCCGUAAAACCCUGACUGCUUCGAGGGCUAAAAACGGAAAACUCUUACCUUCAUCCUCUAUCGGAUCCUCGAAGCACAAAGGAGUCCGAUAUCGCCCUUGGGGCAAAUGGGCGGCUGAGAUCCGCGACCCGUUAAGGGGCGUUCGGGUCUGGCUUGGCACGUACGACACCGAGCACGAAGCCGCUCUCGCCUACCAAGCCGCUUCCCGUCGCAUCGACGCCGAGAAACGCGCCGCCGCAGCCGCCGCCACUGUUUCCGGAUCCUCUUAUCAGCAACCGAAUCCGAAUCUGUUCUCAGUCCCAUCUCCUGCUUCAGUGCUUGACGUGUUUGCGGAUGCGGAUUCGAGGAUGUUAACGGAGUUUUUCGUUAGAGAGGAUCCGUUAAUGACGUUACCGGGUUUCGGGUUGCAACCAGAAUCACCAUUUUGGGAACAUAUAUCAAGCGUCUCUGAUUUAACCGGGCUGGAUUUUGCUGAUCUUGAUGAGUGGAUGGAUUUCAGCUUUGAUAUAUGAGAUAAUACAUUUUUUUUUGCAGGCUUUAGGGAGUACAAAAAUUAGUUUAUUAUUAUUAAUAUUAUGUCUCAAUUUAUGUCAUAGUGUUUGGUUGUUCGCAUUGGCAUGUAAAAAAUUUCUUGGGUUUUUCCGGGGUUUAAGCACCCACCCACCGUCCAAGAAGUUUUAUGAAUCUUGUUGGUUUGUAUGUUUAAAGUCAAUUCUAUGAUUGGUUAUUUUAAUGACCA